UAGCGAAGAACAAGAAGAGACACAGCUAGUAAACUAGCUUAGCUGCCGUUAUCAUUUCUUUCUGAAAUGGCAGCUGUACUUCCCAUCCGACCCCCCUGUGACAGCAACCCCGCCACUCCUGGAGCUCAAUCUAUAAAGGAAGAUGUAAUAGAUGAGGUUUCCAAUGAUGGCAGCCAGCCCCCCAAAAGAAGGAGAAUGGGUUCAGGAGAUAGCUCCAGAAGUUGUGACACCUUCAAUCAAGAGCUUGGGGCGACAUAUUUUCCUGCAGAAAACCUGACAGAAUAUAAGUGGCCACCUGAUGAUACAGGAGAGUAUUAUAUGCUGCAGGAGCAGGUCAGCGAGUAUCUGGGAGUGACCUCAUUCAAGAGGAAGUAUCCUGAUAUGGAGAGGCGAGACUUGUCCCACAAAGAGAAGCUCUAUCUCCGCGAGCAAAACGUCAUCACAGAGACACAAUGCACUCUGGGUCUAACAGCGCUGCGAAGUGAUGAAGUCAUAGAUCUGAUGAUUAAGGAGUAUCCUGCCAAACAUGCUGAGUAUUCUGUCAUUCUGCAAGAGAGGGAGCGCCAGAGAAUAGCAAAAGAGUACUCGCAAAUGCAGCAGCAGAACCCUCAGAAGGUUGAGGCCAGCAAGGUCCCUGAGUACAUAAAGGAAGCAGCAAAAAAAGCUGCAGAGUUCAACAGCAACUUCAAUAGAGAGCGGAUGGAAGAGAGGAGGGCUUACUUUGACCUGCAGACACAUGUCAUCCAGGUGCCGCAGGGCAGAUUCAAGGUGCUAGCACCAGAGCUGACCAAAACUGGGCCUUACCCAGUAGCUCUCAUACCAGGACAGUUCCAAGAUUACUAUAAAAGGUACUCACCCAACGAGCUGCGCUAUUUACCGUUAAACACUGCCCUUUUUGAACCUCCGUUGGAUCCGGAGCUCCCUGGCCUAGAUUCAGAGCCUGACUCAGAUGAUGCAGAGGAUGGCAAGGACAACAAAAAGAACAAGAACUUAUCCGACAGCUCUUCAGGGAACGCAUCAGACAUAGAGAGCCAGGAGGGCGGAGGAGGUCAUCGCUAUAAGUCCAAAGGCAAAAACAGGACAUCAACGCCGGGCAAAGACCAGCGCCACUCCCACAAAACCCCUUCAGGGUACAAGCCUAAGGUCAUUCCAAAUGCUAUGUGUGGCAUUUGCCAGAAGGGUAAAGAGGCCAACAAGAGAGGCAAGCCAGAGGCUCUCAUUCACUGCUCCCAGUGUGAUAACAGCGGCCAUCCAUCCUGCUUGGACAUGAGCGAGGAGCUGGUGUGUGUAAUCCAGACGUACCGCUGGCAGUGCAUGGAGUGUAAGACCUGCACCGUGUGCCGCCAGCCGCAUCACGAGGAUGAGAUGAUGUUCUGUGACAAGUGUGACAGAGGUUACCACACGUUCUGUGUAGGCAUGGAUGAAAUACCUACAGGUCUUUGGGUCUGUGAAGUUUGUGACAAAGACUUCACAACGCCCAAAAAGAAAGGAGUAAAAACCCAGAGGAGGCCCAAGUCGGCUCAAAAAUGACCAACAUAGCAACUGAUUUCAUUUUAUUAGAAAUAGAUUGCUGUUGAUUCUGCAAAAAAUGUUUUUUUUUUUUGUUUUGUUUUUUUAAUAAAGCUUUGUUUGAACAUUGCAUUUUUUAAAUGCUGUUUUCAGUUAAGAAAAGCUAAAACAAGAAAAAAAAAAUCAGUCAACCGAACACCAGCAUUUCAAAUACACUGAAAGAAAAUAUAAAUGCAAAACUUCAAAAUGUUGAACCCAAAUAUCUUAACUUUUCCGGCGUACACAAAAGGUUCUGUUUAAUCUUCCUAAAUCUCAGUUAGUUCGCACUUCUCAUACAAGCAGGGAAUCAAUGCAUCUUUCAGAUGUAGGUCAUCAGGAUACUUAUAGGAGCAUAGUUGUUGUCAGGUGUGACUAAGACUGGACAGUAAAAUGCCACAAUGUGCAGCUCCCUCACACAGCAAAAUAUCAUAGAUUCAAUUCAAUUCAGUUUUUUUAUAUAGAGCCAAUUCACAACACAAGUCAUCUCAAGGCACUUCACAGUUCAACCAGAUCAUACAGUCAAAUUUAUUCCAAGUUUUCUAUCUAAGGAAAACCAGUUGAUUGGAUCGACUCAUUGACUCAAAUACAAUCCCUCACACUAAGCAUGCUUGUAGCAACAGUGGAGAGGAAAAACUCCCUUUUAACAGGAAGGAAUAGAUGUGGUAGGUUUUAGUGGAUUUUGACUUGCAGGAAUUUAAUCUUUACUUUCCCACCAAAUGCUAUCUCAAAGGCAUUUCACAACACUUUAUACCUGCUUGCCAACUGAAGCCCACAUGUAGUACCAGCACCUGCCCUGGAACCACCAUAUCUAGCAUUUCUACCUCCAGAAUCAUCUAACACCAGCCGUUCCAAUGGCUGCUGCAACAAUCAGUUCACAAAACUGCAUUUCUGUACAGACUGUCUGCGUGAGACUCAUUUGCAUACUAGCUUUAAUCAACAGUGUCCUGACCCAAUCAAGCAUGCCCAAAAUCAGUCAUUGAGUGCUGCUGGUCUGCAAGUUUUAGAGGUUUCUCUGCUUUAGCAGAAUUGAUUCUGAUGAUUGCAGUUCAGGGCAUUACAACCAAUUUCAGAGGGCUAUUGCUGACAUUGAUGGCCUCUGGCAUUGUGGAAGGGUGUUCUCUUAUGAAUAUAAGAUUUUGGGGUCAUGUGUGGAUGAAAAGUUUAACAAUCUGUAAAAUAUUUACAACAUGGAUGACAACGCUCAAGCAGUUUUAAUAAAAGGCCCUUUGUUGGGCCUUCACUUGUUGUUGUACAAAGAUGAUGUAUGACCCCAUGUUGUAAAAACUGUUAUACAGCUGAGAGGAAUGGGAACAACAUACAAGCAAGGGACCUAAGGUUCUAAGGGAUGACAGAGUGAUGUGCUUUGAAUGGUCAGUAUGAGGGGGAAAAAGUGCUGUAUUUACCUGCACAUUUUAGAGUGUCCUUUUAUUCUAGGCAGCAUAAUGCACACCUUUGCAAUAAUUAGGCUGUCCAAUCAGCAUAUUGAUAAGCAAUACCUGGGAAGUAGAUUAAUGAUCUCUUUGAAGGAGAAAGGAACAGAUAGAUAGGUUUGUGAACAAUAUUUCAGAGAACUAUAGUGUAGAAAAAUUCUUAGCAUCCAGGAAUUUGGUUCUACUUAUGUGAAAUAGGAGCAACAACAAAAGUUUUGACGUUUAUACUUUUGUUCAGAGUGUCUAAACUGCUGUUUGUUAUAGACUGAUGCCUCAGAGGAACUUGUAACUGUGUACGAAUCAUUUCAUUUAUUUUUGCGACUAACAGAAUAAAUGAUCUGCUGCUUCAGGAAACUAACAUCUUCUCGUUACGUCUUUGCCGUUAUACACUGAUCUGAGGAAUAGUUUCAGGUAAACAUAUUGUGCUUCUGGUCCUGUGCAGCUGAAAUAGUAAAGAUUAUUUUAUGUCUUAUUACCUUAAAUGUCCAUUUUUAACGAUGCCUUGUCUCACAAAGAGCUAUAGGUCAAUAUUUUUUAAAUAAGUGGUGCUUUUUUUUUUUUACUUAACCUGUGACAGAUAUUUGCCAGUGAAGUAAUGAAUUUUUUUAAGUGCGUUUUAGAAUGGAAUUUCUCCAGUGCUCACUGUUUGGAAAAUCAUGGGAUGCAAUUGUAACCACUUGUGAUUACACUGAAUGUAAUUACACUAAGAUGUGUAAGUCAGUUUACAUCGACUUAUUUUUUACAAUCAACCUAAAUUUUGUGUUUUGAAUUUUAAUGGUUGAAUUGUAUUUUGUUUGUUUGUUUUAUAUUGUCUUAUGAUUGGGUUAUUCAUUAUUUUUUUUAUCUGAUGUCAUAGUU